ACACACCUUCCUUAUCUUUCCCUUGCCCUUUCCCUUUAUGCAGACUGCUGAGUGCAGAGAGAGAGCAGAGUGCGGCACCGAUGACGACGAGCCACCGUAACCUCUUCAUCCUUCUCCUCUUCCUCCUCCCUCUCUCGUCCUCCUCCCUGGAAGCCACCUCUGCUGCCGGUACCAUCAUCUUCACCACCCUCGGCCGCAGCCGCUACAACUUCGACAUCUUCUCCCUCCCCAUCGCAACCUCCUCCUCCACCCUCCCACCGGACAACGACCGUCAACUCACCGACGGCGUCUCCGUCAACUUCAACGGCUUCUUCCCUUCCCUCUCCUCCUCCUCCUUCCUCCCCUCCUCCUCCUCCUCCUCCUCCUCUUCCCUCGACUCCCUUCUUUACGUCACUGAGCGCAACGGCUCCUCCGCCAUCUAUCUCGAUCUCUUCCCCUCUGUUUCCGCUUCCGCAUCUCCAUCCGUUCGCCGAACCGCCCUCCAGUUGCCAACCCGCCUGCAAUUCCCCCUCCUUCCUACCGCCGAAUCACCUCGCGGAGCGCCUCUCAUCUCCAUGAUGGAUCGCCCCUCCCUCUCCGGCGACCUCCUUGUCUACGUCUCCACCCACCAUCCGAGUUCCUCCCCCAGGCAAAGCUGGGCUGCUGUCUACUCCACCCACAUCCCCACCGGAAGCACCCGCCGCCUCACCCCCUCCGGCGUUGCUGACUUCAGCCCCGCCGUUUCCCCCUCCGGCGCAUGGAUAGCCGUCGCUUCCUACGGCGACGAGGGUUGGUCCGGCGAUGUCGAGGAGCUCCGCACCUCCAUCUACCUCCUACGAACCGAGGACGGGUCGCGCAGGUCUCUCCUCGUCGACCACGGCAGUUGGCCGUGCUGGGCCGACGACUCCACUCUUUACUUCCACCGCCGGGGUUCCGACGGGUGGUGGAGCAUAUACCGCGCCACCAUCAGCUUCGCGUCCACCGUUGUCUCCGUCGAAUCUGUUGUCCGGAUCACCCCUCCCGGUUUCCAUGCUUUCACACCGGCGACCUCCGCCGGCGCUCCGGGAAUUAUAGCGGUCGCAACGAGGAGACAGACUUCCAAAUUCCGUCACAUCGAGCUGAUCGACAUGAGAAACGGAAGCAACGUUUAUGUGGAGGUGACACGGCCUGUCGCCCCCUACUCCCACCACUAUAAUCCCUUCAUAUCCCCUGAUGGAUCCAAAGUCGCGUACCACCGAUGCAGGGGAAGCAGUAAUGGAGAUCCAUCCUUGUUGCUGGAGAACAUAAAGAGCGUCGCACCGGAAAAUUUUUCACUCCUUAGGUUCGAUGGCUCCUUCCCUUCCUUCUCUCCCGAUGGCAAACAGAUUGCUUAUGUCAAUUUGCCCGGGUUGUUCGUGGUUAACUCCGAUGGCUCAAGCAAACCGAGGGAGGUUUUCUCUGGUAAUGCUUUUCCUACGGCGUGGGAUUGGAAGAGGAAAGGUGUUAUCUACACAAGCACUGGCCCCGAGUUCGCCGGAGAAAGCACCAGAGUCGAUAUUAUUUCCAUCACUCUCCCUGACGAUGACGGAGAUGAGGACGCGCAGGCACAGCCUUCGAUCAAGCAGCUGACAACUGGGGGCGAGAAUAACGCGUUCCCUUCCCCAUCACCGGACGGCAAAUGGGUCGUCUUCCGAUCAGGCCGCUCUGGAUACAAGAAUCUGUACAUUAUGGACGCCGAGGAGGGUGAGAGUGCUGGAAUUCAUCAGCUAACCGAGGGAUCUUGGACUGAUACCAUGUGCAGCUGGUCACCUGAUGGAGAAUGGAUCGCUUUUGCUUCCGACAGGGAUGAUCCAGGGAGCGGAGGUUUCAGUAUCUACAUCGUGCAUCCAAAUGGCACUGGGCUGAGAAGGGUGGUGCACAGUGGAAGUAGUGGAGGAAGAACAAACCACCCCUGCUUCAGUCCUGACUCCAAGAGCUUGGUCUUCACCUCAGACUAUGCAGGAAUUUCAGCAGAACCCAUUUCCAACCCCCAUCAUUACCAGCCUUAUGGGGAAAUUUUUACCAUCAAGAUCGAUGGUUCUGACAUUCUACGCCUCACCCACAACUCCUUUGAGGAUGGCACUCCAACAUGGACGCCCUUUUUCUUGGAGCCUGCCGAUGUUGCUGAAGCUCUAGAUGGCAGCGCAAGGUGCAGCUUUGAUGACUGCCACUGGCUCAAUAUAAAUAAAUCCCCAACUUAAUGAAGUCAUCAUUCCUGCUACUUCCUGCUAAUGAGGUAUUUAUUCAUGUUGAACCUUGCUCAUGCUAGAAGUUCUUGGUGGUAGUAAUGUCAACGAUGAUAUAUACUUGUAAUAAUGCACAGGGACAGAAAAACUUGAAACUGAUGAACAUAUAUUUUUGUUACUUGUAUAUUAGUUUUUUAUGUGUGUGUGUAUAUAAUGGUUACUUUGGUGAUCUUAUGUUGAUUUUUUACUUGUCCUAGCAUAUAGAUUCAUACCUUAGUUAAAAUAAGGUUCGUGUUUAAUGUCACUUAUGUUAUUUCUGUUUUUGAAGUAUGUCAUGUUAUAUGAUCAGUAAUCAUAUGCAAAGUGAUUAAAUCUUA